UAUUUUCGUUCGCGCACGUGCACCAGAGAGAAAAUAAACUCGAUCUGCGGAAAACGUGAAUACGGCGUCGUUUACUUCGGCGGGUGGAGGGCUUUGGAUUUCCGAUUACCGUCGCCGGGGAAGACAAAGGCGUUUGCUACCCAGGAUCCAGAACGAACGAGUAAGCGAUUUCUUCUCGUGCACACGGACAGAUCAGCGGACGCAGAGAGAGAGAGAGAGAGAGAGAGAAGGGACCAACAACAAUUGAUGAAGAUAGUAACAUAUAACGUUAACGGGCUGAGGCCACGCAUCUCACAGUUUGGCUCCCUUCUCAAACUGCUCGAUUCCUUCGAUGCCGACAUUAUUUGCUUUCAGGAGACGAAAUUAUCAAAGCAGGAACUAACGGCAGAUUUGGCGAUGGCGGAUGGAUAUGAGUCCUUCUUUUCCUGCACUCGCACGGUUGAGAGAGGUCGCGUUGGCUACGCCGGAGUUGUGACAUUUUGCCGCGUAAAGUCUGCGUUUUCAAGCAAUGAAGUGGCACUGCCACUUGCAGCGGAGGAGGGAUUCACUGGUCUUAUUGAGAAUUCGCAAGCUAGAAAAGCUGAAACGUGUGCAAAUGCGGAAGGCCUUGAGGGGUAUGGGAAGGAUGAACUUCUUAAGGUUGACAGUGAGGGACGUUGUGUCAUCACAGACCAUGGUCAUUUUGUUCUCUUCAAUAUAUAUGGACCUCGAGCUGAAUGUGAUGACAUGGAGCGGACCCAAUUUAAGAUCACAUUUUUCAAGAUAUUACAGAAAAGAUGGGAGUCUCUUUUACGUUGUGGAAGGAGGAUAUUUGUUGCUGGUGAUCUCAACAUUGCUCCAGCUGCCAUAGAUAGCUGUCGUGCAGGACCAGAUUUUGAGAAGAAUGAGUGCAGGAGAUGGUUUAGAUCUAUGCUAGUGGAACAUGGAGGCCCUUUCUUUGAUGUAUUUAGAGCAAAACAUCCUGAGAGAACAGAAGCAUACACAUGCUGGCCGCAGAGUACUGGUGCAGAAGAGUUUAAUUAUGGUACAAGGAUUGACCAUAUUCUUAGUACUGGAUCAUGUUUACAUCAAGAUCAAAACCUGCAAACCCAUGACUUUAUAACUUGCCAUGUUAAAGAGUGUGACAUUUUGGCUCAGUAUAAGCGGUGGAAGCCUGGAGAAACGCCUAGGUGGAGAGGAGGAAGAAGCAUUAAACUGGAAGGCUCCGACCAUGCUCCUGUAUAUAUGAGUUUAAUUGAGAUCCCAGAAAUUCCACAGCAUAGCACUCCAUCUUUGUCUGCAAGAUACAUUCCCAAGCUCCGUGGGUUUCAGCAAACUAUUGUAUCAGUGUUAAUGAAGAGACAGGUUGCUGAACAAUCUGAAACCGACAGUUUGUCAUGUUCAUCUUCAGAUGAAAAUAUUGCAAAAGGUUGUUCCGGGGAAGAUGCGAAAAGAUCAUUCCCCAGCUGCAGUUUUUCUAGCUUAUCCUCAGGUGGAUGUUUUUCUUCACCAGACCUGAAAUUAAAAAAUGACGAUCCAAGAAGAUGUGUGCUGUCCACGGGUUCUGCCAAUGAGACAUGUAGCACUAUGACUGCAUCACAGAGUGAACACUCUAAAUCAGUUCCUGGCUUAGUAACCAAGAAAAAAGCGCGGCAAAGUCAAUGGUCCCAACUGUCACUGAGAUCAUUUUUUAAGAAAGAUCUAACACUUGACUAUGUCAAAAACUCUGGCACUGAUAUUUCUCUUAACCAGGCAGACAUCUCAAUGUCUAAUCAAUACUCCAAUGAAACAGCCACAUGUGACGAUGAAAGCAAUAGUCAGAAGCAGUCUGAUUCGACCAUUAGUGCAUCCAGUCAGGAUGAUGUGGAGCUAAAUGCCUAUGGUGCUCCAGGAAAUGAGAAGAACAAUGCUGCUUUAUUGGAAUGGCAAAGGAUUCAGCAGUUAAUGCAGAACAGUAUACCACUUUGCAAGGGCCAUAAUGAGUCAUGUGUUCCACGGAUAGUAAAGAAAGCAGGUCCCAAUUAUGGUCGCAGAUUUUUUGUUUGUGCUCGCGCUGAGGUAUUUUUGGCUCACAGCUGCAUUCAUAUUAAGUACAUAAUUUUUUUUAAAAUUUUUUAUUUAUCAUUAGUCAUUCUGUUCAUACGAUCAAAAUUCUGAUUGUUUACCAUGGAGAAACAUUGAAUGCUAGUUGAAGCACGACAGAAUAUGAAGAAAAAGACAUGUCUAUGAGACGUCCAUUGCUUAACCAUAGAGUAUCUUGGCUUAGUUGUCUGUUUUAAUAUUUUGGGAAUUUGAGAUUCUUCUCAGGUUAGAAAUGCUACCAUCUUAAUGUAGUGAAUUUUUGCUGUAGUUUUACUCAACAUUGUAAGGUUCAUCAUUUCAUGUAGCAGAACUGUUUUGCAUGAUGCUACAGGCUGGUAGUUGCAUUUUUAAAGCAAGUUUCUAUGUUUAGUAUUUAAUAUUUUGAUUAUUAUUAUUAUUUUUUAAAA